AUGGGCAGUGGUGGUCACCACGGCGAGUGUGGAUCAACACAGCAUCUCAGCCUUGGUCCAAUACCGUCCGGUCCAGCCUUGAUCCAAUACCGUCCAGCCUUGAUCCAAUACCGUCCAGCCUUGAUCCAAUACCGUCCAGCCUUGAUCCAAUACCGUCCAGCCUUGAUCCAAUACCGUCCAGCCUUGAUCCAAUACCGUCCAGCCUUGGUCCAAUACCGUCCCGCCAUGACCCGAUACUGA